GUGAUCAUGAUCGGAGCGUGCUUAUGUUUCGUCUUGGUAGCUGCAGUGUCAGCCAAUCCGUUGCUGGUGCAAACCCGCUACGGACAACUGCAAGGAGUUGACAAUGGAAACUACUACAGCUAUGAGUCCAUACCCUAUGCUGAGCCACCGCUGGGCGAACUUCGCUUUGAGCCGCCGCAGCCGUAUAAACAGCAGUGGCAGCAAACUUUUAAUGCUACGCAAGCGCCUGUGCCUUGCCUGCAGUGGAGUCUGUUUGUCAGAGAGGAUAACAAGCUGCUGGGCGAGGAGGAUUGCCUGUUUGUUAAUAUCUAUAAGCCCAAGCGUGUCGAACGCCAGAGCUUUCCAGUGGUGGUGCUUAUACAUGGCGGCGCCUUCAUGUUCGGUGGUGCAGUCUACAAUGGCCACGAGCGUAUAAUGGAGAGUGGCAAUGUAAUGUUGGUCAAAGUGAGCUACAGACUGGGACCGCUGGGAUUCUUAAGCGCAGGCGAUAGCAACUUGCCUGGUAAUCUGGGACUCAAGGAUGUGCGUCUGGCGAUCAAGUGGAUUAAGCAAAACAUUGGCAGCUUUGCUGGUGAGCCCGAGAAUAUUGUGCUGCUGGGUCAUUCAGCUGGUGCUGCAGCUGCGCAUUUCUUGACGUUCGAUGAGAGCGCCAAGGAUCUGAUGAAGUCAGUCAUAUCUAUUGGUGGCUCUGCCUUGCAUAAAUGGGCACUGCGUCCCAUUAAUAUGACGCAAGUCUUUGCGCUGGGGCAUUAUGUUGGCUGUGAAGUGACGAAUUGCACAAAGAAACUUAAGAGCUGCCUGCAGUCUAAGGAUGCCAAGGAUAUUGUUAGCGCUGUGCGUCACUUUCUUGUGUUUGGCUAUGUGCCAAUUAUUCCCUUUGGUCCAACUAUAGAGCCAAGCGAAGUGGCUGAGCGUGCUAUCAGCACAUUUCCCGAAAAGCUUAUUAAGGACGGCAAGGUGGCGCCCAUACCUUGGACUGUGUCCUACACCUCGCAUGAGGGCGUCUUCUAUUCUGCCAUGCUGCUGCAAAAGCAAGCCGAUGGCAGUGAGCUGAUUGAGGUGCUUAAUACGCAGUGGAAUGAGCUGGCGCCUUACUUAUUAUUUUACGAUAACAUUUGGCUGAGCGAGAAGCAAAGAUAUGAAAUGUCUGCGCAACUUAAAGCUCAGUAUAUGGCUGAUCGCAGCUUCAACAUAGCUAACUACGCUUAUGUGGAGCGCAUUUUCACGGAUGCAAUUUAUAGAAAUGGCACGCAAGCGGCAAUGCAGCUGUAUCGCCAGCAUGUCAAAAGUCCACAUUACGCAUACGUCUAUGACACUCCAGCGGAUAAUGGAUUGGCGCAGUGGCUGGCGCAGCGCACGGAUAUUAAAUUUGGCGCUGCGCAUGGCGACGACAUGUUUAUGAUAUUCGAAUCCCCGCUACGCGCGCCAUUGCGAGCUGAUGAACAACAAAUAACAAAGCAUUUCAUUAAAAUGAUUGAGGAUGCUGCGCAGACUGAUGGCAUUAUGGCUUAUAGCAACUGCGUCUUUCAGAACAAUGCUGGACAGUCGCAGUUACAGCUGAUGGCGAUUAGAAGCAACGGCUGCGAGAAUUUGCAAGUCGAUGCGCUUUUGUAAACAAAGAUAUAUAAGAUUUUACACUUAGAUUAGCUAUAAUUUUUAGAGCUGUGAUGGUAUAGCUAAGAUAGAAUAGCGUGGGUGCAAUAAAAAAAAACUUUACUGCGCAAACUUUUCUUUUAUA